GUGAGCGAGGUGGAGGUGAACGGGCAGAUCGAGGCCGUGUGUGAGUCAGUGUUCAGUGAGCUGGAGUCCCAGGCGGUGGAUGCCCUGGACCUGCCCGUGCCCGGCUGCUUCCGCAUGCGGAGCCACAGCUACGUGCGCGCCAUAGAGAAAGGCUGCUCUCAGGAAGAGGAGGAGAGUGGCGUCACGGCCAUCAACAGGAGGAGCGACUCUCCCCCUCGCACCUCCACCACCGUCCGGACCAUCCAGAGCAGCACAGUAUCAUCAUGCAUCACCACAUACAAAAAGACACCACCCCCRGUCCCACCAAGAACCACGCCAUCCAAACCGUUCAUAUCCAUAACGGCCCAAAGCAGCACAGAGUCCGCUCAYGACGCCUACAUGGACGGGAGCUCGGGCCAGCGAACGGGCAUCAGCUCCCAGCCYGGCCUGUCCAACUCCACGGAGAGCAUCGACAGCAUGAAGGCUCUGACGGCGGCCAUAGCGGCAGCUAACGCUCAGGUGCACGGCCCCGCCAGCCAGCAUGUCACCAACAGCACCAUCACCAUCACCGCCACAGCCACCACCGUCACCGCCGACAGCAACGCGCAGAGGGAAGCGCUUCGCAAGUGCCUCUCCAUUGGGAUUCAGGUGGAGCCAGAGGAGGAAGGGCCGACAGAGGAACAGURUAAAUUCCAAUCCAUAGGAAUUCAGGUGGAGGAUGAGCGAUGUCACCGCAGGAUGACCCGGUCCAACAGCGUGACCACGGCGGUGCAGGCAGACCUCGACAACCCGACGAACGCCCCGGAGCUGCCGCCGCGCCCGUACGCCACCAUGCCGCGCCAGCACUCCCGAGACGCCGCGACCUCCACGGUGAGCAUCCAGGGCUCGGGGAACCACUACCACGCUUGUGCCGGUGACGACUACGGGGAGGUGGGCUUCGACCCUUCCAUCCUGCCUCCUCCAGACCCCUGGAUGGACAGCGUGCCCGAGCCGGAGUCGGGGGCCUUGGAGGCCGUCAGUCGAUCGGUGUGCCCUCGAGACGGUCGCUGGUUCCUGAAGCUGCUACAAGCGGAGACGGAACGUAUGGAGGGCUGGUGCAGGCAGAUGGAGCAGGAUGAGGUGGAGAAUGAGCUGCCUGAUGAGAUCCUGGGUAAGAUCCGCAGUGCAGUGGGGAGUGCCCAGCUGCUGAUGUCCCAGAAGUUCCAGCAGUUCCGGGAGCUGUGUGAGGAGAAUCUGAACCCAAAUGCGCAUCCGCGACCCAUCUCCCAGGACCUGGCAGGUUUCUGGGACAUGCUCCAGCUGUCCAUCGAGAACAUUAGCCUGAAGUUUGAUGAACUCCACCAACUCAAAGCCAACAACUGGAAACCUCUGACUCCCCCAGAAAUCCAGGAGAGAAGGAUGCCCCCUCCUGUGCCAAAGAAGCCCCUGAAGGGCCACCCGCCUCUGGCUAGGGAUCGCUCUCUGGAGAGCUCUGAGCGCCAGCGCCUGGAGGCUCGCAAACGCCUGCUAGCUGCCAAACGGGCCGCGUCAGUGCGGCAGAGCUCCGCCACCGAGAGCGCAGACAGUAUCGAGAUUUAUAUUCCCGAGGCUCAGACCAGACUCUGAAACACGUAGACAUAUAUUCACUUGUGUAAAACUCUACACUGUUCCAUAAACUCAAGUAUUAGCACUGAAUAGCAGGGUGCUAACAUAAACACGUUUUUUUUUUGCCGACUUUUCAGAUCACUGUGGGGUCAGGCACCCUGGAACCUCUCAACAAGAAAUGUACAUUUACAGCUUUUAUUUAGUUAUUAAUAUAUCUUCCCUCACCUCCUCCCAGCUUUGAUGUAGCAAACCCAAUUCUUUUUGUACCUCAUUCUGUUCCUCACAACUUCAAAUUUACCAAGCAAACCCACUUUUUAUGACCAGAUGUUACAAAGUAGGCCUUGUGUAUCGCAGCAGUGAUGCCUCUCACGAAAAUUAGUGUUUGGUUCUGAGAGUCACCCAAGUGAUUUUCUAAUAGGUCAAACAGUAUGGUAAACGAAACAACUGGGCUGUUUUAGUCCUGUCUGUUACAACUUUCUGAGGCCAACCCUACAUGGAAGUUUUUUUUUUUUUUUUUUUUUUUUUUUUUUUUUUUUCAUUUUGAUGUGAGGCAGAGAGGAAAAUAUGGGUGUCUGCCAAGAGAGAAAAUCAUUGAACGGCUCACUGUUGGAAAGAGCCACAAGUUUAAUCUGUGUGUUUGAGUGGCAGAGCGAGCGUGAGCUGAAUGUGUGUUUUCAUUCAGAUUUUAAAGUGCUUCCUAUUUUUUUUCCGAAAGCCUAAGGGGUGUUACUUGUAACUGACCCCUAAAGGUAGCAGUACCAUCAAACUGUAGACCGUCUAGCCGCCCUGUCUCGUUUUCAACACGUUUGUAUAAAAGACAUUGGGUACGACACGAUCCGCAUGCUGACUCUUCGUUUUUGUGUUUCUUUAACACCUAACCAGUGUUGUGUUCACAGUCCUCUGUGUAACAGACUAAGCUAAAAUAUUUACUACAGUACUGUAGUUGUAUUAUAUUUUAUUAUGUCAUUUUUUUGAAGCCAAGAAAGGUUUCUUGGUAGUAUUGAGAAUACUAAACCGAAAAGGGAUUAUUUCUCCUCACUGUGUGUGCACUAUCUCUGCCUCCAAACAAAGCAAUUAUUGAAGGUCGUACAGAAAAAUAAAAUCCUCUUUUUAAUAUUUUGUAUUUUUAUUUUAUUGAUGGGAAGAAAAACGACUGUUUCUGGACAUUGUGAUUAAUAUUAUUAUUAUUAUUAUUAUUAUUAUUAUGCACUGAUAACAAGGCCCUUAUACUGUGUCUGUGUUUUUAUUUGAUUGUUUUAUUAUUAUUAUUUUGGCAUGACAGGCAACUUUUUCGUUCUUUUUUUGUCUUUUCGUUUCAGUGAUCAGCCUUAAUUUCAAAUGUGAUAGUUGAGCACAACAGCAGUCUCAGGGUAAGAGGCGUGUUGAGUGCAUGCAUGUGUGUUUCAUGCGAGGCUGAGUGUGUGUGUCUGGGAUGUGUGACCCACGAUUUUGUGUCUUGUUGUGUAUAUAUAAUCCCUGGCAUCGGGAUAGGCCAUGAUUUCCUAAUGAAGAAAAACGUGUUCAUCUCGUGAACAACGUCCCUGUCGGACAGCUUAGUCAAACUUUCUUCAGUGUAACAAAGUGUUUCUGUCAGCUGCUUGAAUGUGGAGACGAUCCUAAUUUAAUCUGGUUUACGUUGGGUUUUCAGUAAAACCAUUUUUUGUGUUUUCAGUAAUGACCUAACGAAGCGUGUGCCAUUCGAUAGGCAAGGAUGCAGUCGCUCCUGCUAUUUGUCCGUAUUGACCAGUUCAAGUUUUCAAUCAAAGGUGUUUGUUUAAGAAGGAAGUGAUGAUGUACGAUUUGUAUUUUCAGUGAAAUUCUAGAGGGUUUAUAUAAGAAGUCAUGUAACUCGAUGCCAUUUUAUGUCGAUAUGUAUUUUUACUUUGACACUUGUACCUUUUACUGAAUUGUCUCAUAUAAUUGAUUCUCUAUUUGUUUCUUAUAUUAACAUAUCGAUAUAAUGCUUCUAGUAUAGCCGGGAGUUAGAAGCCAGAAUGUUGAACUGUGGACACUCCAGCAAUUCUGAAGCUCGUGAUGUAGAAAAAGAGAAACACUCGAAUAAACAUUUGUACAUAAAUGAAUGUUUCCCUAUGUAAAUGUAAACUAAAAUCACACAAAUAGCAUAUUAAGCAGAUAUACAUUUUGUAAUUAAUGUUAUUACACAGUUGAUGUUUAUGGCACGUGUAUGAGCUCUUAUCAGCAUUAAAAAAAUUAUAUAUUGCCA